GCAAGUACCUAACGCGGGAAGAAACACCAUGUUGAUGCUCGUGCUGUUGUUCACUCUGGUUGCCGCUUUCUGCUGGUUUUCCACUAAGAAACCAGCUGGGUAUCCUCCAGGCCCUACAAAAUGGCCAAUUCUCGGGUACGGACUCUUCAUCGAGAAAGGAAAGCCCCACCGCACGUGGGAGUUCCUGCAACGAAAAUAUGGUUCCGUAGUAGGCAUUUUCGUCGGCAGCGACCCGCUGGUGAUUGUCAACGGAUGGGAGGCUGGCAACGAGGCUCUGGCAAACCCUGACCUCUUGGGACGACCAGAACUAUUUUCUAAUGAAGAUUUAUACGGCAAACACCUUGGUAUCAUGUUCUCAAAUGGAGAAUUUUGGAAGACUCAACGCCGUUUCACAUUACAUCAUUUGCGUAACCUGGGAGUUGGGAAAAGUGUUCAUCACGACAUCAUACUGGAGGAAGUGCGCGAGCUCAUCCAACAUUUGAACAAGAAAAAUGGACCCUUCGAAAUCCAGCCUGAGCUGGCAGUGACAGGCGUGACCGUGCUGUGGGCGGUGUUGGCGGGGGUGCGACUCAGGCACGACGACCCCAAGCUUUAUGAGCUCGUCCAGCUCCUCGACACCGCCUUCAGGACGAGCCAGAUUGCUGGAGGUUUGCUCAACACCUUUCCCUUCCUACGUAAAAUUUGUCCGGAAUUUGUGGGCUAUACGCCGCAACUGAAAGCGUUUACAGAAGUCAAGAACUAUGUGGAGAAAGCUAUUGAAGAUCACAAAAAGGAUCUCGAUCAGAGUGACCUCAACAACUUCAUCGACUUGUACCUCAACGAGCUCAAGAAAACUGACCUGCACUCCUCAUUUUCAGCCAGGCUUGUGAAGACAUCGGCGUUCUUGACUGAAGUGAUGCGGUUCCGCUGCGUGGCUCCAGUCACCGUGCCUCACACGUGCACAAAUGACACCAUAUUGCAGGUUCGGUUACGCUUUAAAUAUGGAUUCGAUUUUAAUAAUUCCCUCUAUUUGAAGGCUGCUGGAGGUUUGCUGAACAUCUUUCCCUUCCUACGUAAAAUUUUUCCGGACUUUUUGGGCUAUACGCCGCAAUUGAAGGCGCUUACCGACGUAAAGAACUAUGUGGAGAAAGCCAUUGAAGAUCACAAAAAGGAUCUCGAUCAGAGUGACCUCAACAACUUCAUCGACUUGUACCUCAACGAGCUCAAGAAAACUGACCUGCACUCCUCAUUUUCAGAGUCGCAGCUGACUGCCGUGUGUAACGACCUAUUCACUGCUGGAUCAGAAACAAGUUCAUCGGUGGUAGGUUUCUGUGUUCUUUUCCUUUGCCUUCAUCCUGACUGGCAGGCCGCGGUACAGAAGGAACUUGACCAGCACCUCAAAGAUACUGGCCGAGAUCUUCCCACCAUCGAGGAUAGGAACAAGCUUGUGAAGACAUCGGCGUUCUUGACUGAAGUGAUGCGGUUCCGCUGCGUGGCUCCAGUCACCGUCCCUCACACGUGCACAAAUGACACCAUAUUGCAGGGCCACCGUAUCCCGAAGAACGCUACUCUGUUCGUCAACUUGCGCAGCAUAAUGAUGGACGAGUCCUACUGGGGUGACCCCUUUGUUUUCAGACCUGACCGCUUUAUUGCCGAUGAUGGAACNAUCUUCGCUUUCUCAUUCGUAGCAUCUUUUACUACACCACACCGCGGUGGCAACAUCCGAG